UGGGAACGUUAAAACGUGGUUUUCGCGUCGCGCUACCACACUGAAAUUUCGUGCGCUUGUAUUCGACAAAGGUGUCCUGAAUUUUUGUCCUAAAUUUCACAAAAACUUUGGGUUUGAAAAUCAGAAAUACUAGACCCUGAUCACAGCUUAAGAGCAGGUAUGAGUGGGCCAGAAGACGGCAGAGAUGGCAGGUCAGGCGAUGAAGAUAUGCCUGAAGAGAUCGAUACGGACAUCAACGACAUCAUCGAGUUGGACCAAGAGGAACUUCAUGCUGGCGACGAUGAUGACGGACAGUUCGACGUCGAAGGAUCGCCGUCAAAGUCACAAGAGAACAACCGAGAUCGGGAACAACAGGAAAGAAAAGAUGACGAUAAGAGUGACAAACCAAGAGAGAAGUCAAAAGACAGAAAUCGCGACAGGGACCGUGACCGCAACCGAGACCGUGACGGUCGUCGGGAUCGGAGAGACUCCGGCCGCAGGGACCAAGGAGGGAGGCGGGACCAGAGGGGAGGGAGGUUCCAUCCAUACGGUGGGCGUGAUAGGGACGGCGGGCGGGACAGGACGAUGGGCCGCGUCGUCUUUGUCAGCAACAUUCCGUUUGAGAUGAAGUGGCAAGAGUUGAAGGACCUGAUGAGGAAAGAAGUGGGUGAGGUGACAUACACGGAGCUGUUUUACGAUCCUGAUGGAAAGUCAAAGGGUGUUGGGGUUGUGGAAUUUGCAUCGAGAGAUAGUCUCAACCGUUGUAUCGACAAGAUGAACAAGUUUCAGAUUCGUGGUCGAGGGCUUGUUGUGAAAGUUGACACAGACCGGCGCUACAGCGACAAGUACCGGCGGCAGGCCGACAAGGAACAGAAGGCCCGUGUCAUGUUGACCCCACAAGUGCUGGCGCAGCUCAACCUGGAUCCUAGCACCGUCACCGACACAGUGUUUGUCUCCAACAUUCCUUUCGAUGUGGAGUGGAUGGAACUGAAAGACGUCUUCCAAAUUGCGGGGAAAGUCAUACAUUGCGACAUCCUAACAGACAAUAGAGGAAAGAGUAAAGGCAGUGCUACGGUCAAGUUUGAGUCCAUCUUAGAAGCCGUCAAUGCCAUCUCUAUGUUACACAACCAGAUGCUUUACAGCAGGAAACUUAGCGUGAAAAUGGACCAGGCCAAGAGAGAUCGAGACAGGCCGCCGAAACAGCUGCCACUGCCAAGUGGCUUGUCCCGUCUGGGCCCUAGCCUGGAGUCGCUGGCCAGUGGCAUGGGAAGCGGAUUGGGAGGGGGAUCCAGGGGCGGACUGGGUGGCGGAAUGGGUGGCGGACUGGGUGGGGGUCUAGGUGGGGGUGGUGGAAUGGGCAACAUGGGGAUGGGCAACAUGGGUAAUAUGGGAGGUAUGGACAGCGGCCUGGGCAACUUGGGGAAUUUUGGCGGUCUGGGCGGAGGAUUGGACGGUAACCGGAUGAGUAACCUCGGUGGCAACACUGGACUGGGAGGGGGCUUUGGGGGCAACCUGAGCUCUGGACUCGGUGGAAAUCUGAGCAGUGGACUGGGCAGCAGUCUUGGUAGCAGCUUAGGCGGCAUGGGAGGUUUUGGCGGUGGCGACCUAUCCCAGAGUUCCCUGGGCAUGGGCGGUCUGGGCUCCCUGGGCAUGGGCUCGGACCUGUCCCUGAUGGGCAACAUGGGCGGCGGUGGACUUGGCCUGCUGGGCUCCGGCAUGGGCAUGGGCAUGGGCAAAGACACCUUUGGGGACAGCAUGGGCACUAUGAGGGACGACAGAGACAGGGAUAGGGGGCGGGACCGGGGGGACCGAGACAGGAGGGGUGGCGGCGGUGGGCGAGACAGGGACAGGGAUCGGGAUAACUUCCGCGGACGUGGCGGGGAUUCAGGAUCCCAAGUGUUUGUCAGGAAUUUGCCAUUUAAAUACACCUGGCAGGACUUGAAGGAUCGCUUCAAGAUGAUCGGGCCAGUCCAGUUCGCAGAGGUCAAGACCCACCCAGAGACUGGAAGAUCCAAAGGGUUUGGUACAGUGCGCUUUCAGAACCCUAAUGAUGCCAUGAAAGCAAUCCGUGAGAUGAACGGAUCUCGUCUUGAUGGUCGCGAGAUCGAAGUCAGCCUGGAUUACGCCUAGAUUAUGCCUAGAUUGUCUGUCAGUGUCGAGGCUGGCUUCCUUGUCAAUGUUGUCAGAGUUUGGGAGCAGGAUUUAUUUUUGGGGGUUCUGCCCUUUCUAGCAUCAUCUUCCUAUUUGCAGAUGACUUCUCUACGUCUCUUUGUGCUGUCGUUUUACUGAUUGGGGGACACCGUCCUCUUCUUGAGAGGCAGAAUAUUUUGGAAAAGAUCUGUCGAAUGAUACUUGCUUUACAGAGAGAGUUGUGACCAAAAUGUAUGUGACGAUCUUAGCACGCACCGAUAAGGAUUUUGUCUCUCAGUAAGAUUCAUCUUUUGGGUUUUUUGAUUUUCAAGGCAAGUGGUUGAAGUGAAUUUGUUACCAUGUUAGCGUUUGAAAAAAACAAUGUUGGUCGGAUUGAUUUUAAUUCCUGUGAAAAGUUCUUGAAAAUGUGAACCGUGGAUUUGGUAAUCCUUCUGGGCAAAUGAAAUGGAUUGCAGAUGAUUUUUGGAGGAACAAACUGUUUUUAAUUGCUGAUAUUGGCACUCUGUAAAUUCUCCUCUGCUGUCUGAGUGGUUUGGACGCGAGUGAAUUUUUUUUUUUUCAAAUGUUUUGAGUGUAUAACCACCGUGCCAUUUGACAUUGGAUAUUAACUCAAUGUGGCUUUGAGCCUUUUGGUCAUCAGAACAUUUGGAGGGUUCCUUUUUGUUAUCUCGUGAACCGGAAUCUUAACAGUUGGUGUGGAAAGUCAUGAUAAGGAAUAAUUCUUUAAAAGCUUGUUCAUAUUCUUAUGUAAUGGCAGCACACUACUGUACAUCUGUCAGGAGUGUCUCAGUCUGGUAGUGUUUCUGCAAUGUUUAGGAGAGAGGUGCUCCCAGGUCUUUCUAGUAACCUUAAAAUGCUGGUCAAUGGAAAGUCACCGUAUUGGGGCAUGUAUGGCUUGGUGUGUAGUUCACCAUAUUCAACUGCUCUCCAACUCUUGUGGCAUCCACAAUGCCGAAGCAUUGGUUUUUUUUUAACUUAUCCCUACAUGAAUUGUCAUUGCUCGCCGCUGAAUCACCUGAAAGUUUGAGGAAUAACCCUUGCAUUGUUGGAGUUUGGAGAUUGUAUAUACACUGCAUAUAUAUAAAUACAAAAACCAAGUUCAGCUAAGCACGUUUUUAGUUAGUAGAUUUGGAUGUUGUAAGAUAACUCAAUUGUAAUUGUUGUGUUUUUAGUUGGCAACUCUCUGUGAUUGACUUAGCUGUAAUUCUGUCCUGCUUCAGAUCUGUACAUGUACAUCUGAACUGGUUGGACUUUCGUCUGUCGCCUGACUAAAAUUUGGCCGUUGCUACGUUGAGAAUGAUAGUCGCAAAAACUGUGUACGAAUGCCUUGUGGAUAGGAGAGCUUACACAGCAUGUGUUGGUCUGUCAUGGAAUGCUGUACAUAGUAGUUUGGUUGAACAAUAAGUAGGAGUAAUUUUUUAUGUCUUAGAGUGCUUGUUUACCCAGCAAGAUUGCUUUUACAUCUGUUAGUGAAAGAACACCAUCCAAAUGAAAUCUGUGUAAGACUGGCAUUCGUGUCACUGCAACUGUGUUUAGAGGGACUCACCGUCUAGUUUUUUCCCCUGAAGGAUUCCUGAAACAUCAUUGAACUCUCCAGUUUGCUCUGAUUUCUGCUCGGUGCCUUUGUCAGGGGCAUCGCGAGUUCCACUGAGUUCUGACUAGUUCAGUUUGAGUGUUGAAAUCUUUGAAAACGGGAAAGAACAUUCACUGCUGGCUGGCUGUCGGCACACAGAUGCAAAGUUGAUUGACCUCUGUUGGUGGUUUUCACUUUGCAAGUGUCAGAGAUUGUCAUUCUGUGAAUUUUAAAAUUUCGAAAUCCUGAAUAUAGAAUGCCGUCAUAGCAGCUUUGUAAUACCUACGUCUAGCCUGGGGACUUGAUCAAUAUUCAUAGUAACAUUGGUAUACCUUUACUCUACUCCUGUUUGACAACUAUCGCCUCUGUCUGCAACAUGUAUUUGGAUCCAGAGCUCAUGUAAUUUUUGCACACACUGUGAACUUCAGUAUAGUUCCUCAAAUGAGCCCUGCAGUAUAGUUGAUGUGAUAAGGGUUUUGGCUGUUUUUCUUAUUGUUUUAAUUUGUAACACGCUCGUGCGUAUUGAGUGACUUGCAUGGUGGGAAAAAUAAAGUAGGUACAUGUAUGUUGUGUAGCCCAACAUUGGAGUGUAGUUGCAUUGAAGAAUGACAGUGUUUGGGAAAAUAAAUGCCCUUCGGUGACGUUGUGGAGCAAA